AUGCCUAAAACCUCUACUAAAGUCAUAGAUACUCUUCAACAAUUUAUAACUGCUUGUUCCAAUGGUGAAUUAGAAAAAUUACCUAAACUAAGUGCUUUCGAUCCGAUUUCAUACAAUGGAAACUGGCGCCAUGUACUCAUUCGUGAAUCAAGAUUUGGAGAUACAUUAGUUGUUUUAUACAUUAAUGCACAUGGCUUUACUGAG